AUGUCUACUUCUCCUUUACUCUUAGAAGAACAAAAUAUUUUAAAUGAAGCCUUUGAUAAACGUUUUGAUAUGGCUAUUCAUCCAAUUCAUUAUGCAGCUAACGUCUUAGACCCGAAAUAUCAAGGGAAAGAUUUACCUCAAGGAUGUGAUAUAGAGGGCAUUGUUUACAUUCAAAAAGUUGCUCAUAAAUUGCUAACAUCAGUUGAAUAUAAAAAGAUAAUAAUUGAACUUGCUGAGUAUCGUUCUCAUGAAGGAUUAUGGGCCAAAGAUAUUUUAUGGAACAAUAUUGAUGGUAUAGAAGCACGUAUCUGGUGGAAUGGCCUUUGUUCAAACACAAGUCUUUCAAAAGUAGCAUCUGCUAUUCUUUCCUUGCCUGCAUCCUCAGCAGCUACAGAACGCUCUUUUAGCUCUUAUUCACUUAUCCAUACUAAAAGAAGAAAUCUCCUAACAAAUUUAACAGCAAAAAAGUUACUAUUUAUUUAUGAACAUAUAAAUAAUCAAGACCUGGAAGUAUCAAAAUCAGUAAAAAGUUUCCAAACAAACCAAGAAUCAUUAACCACUAACAAUGAUGAUGAAGAGCCUUCCUGUAGUUAUCAGGUUUGUAGUUCUAGCAGUGAAAAUGAGGAAGAAGAUUACAAUACUGAUGAAAUAUUAGAGUCUGAAGGUGAUCAGUUUGGAGAAACAGAUUCAAGUGACGAUGAUUUUUUUAAUUCCAUUCAACAUACAUUUGCUUAG